AACAGUACGUAGCAUUUCUUCAUUGCAAAUUUUCAACCACAACCCCUACCCAUCAAUAUAAAUACACACCCCUCCACAAGCUUAUUAAAUAACUUAAAUUCACUCCAAUUCCUCUCAAGAUGAUGAAAAACAAGUCAUUAAACAUAUCAAUAGCAACACUUGCUAUUGCCUUUCUUAUUGUGAUUAUAGUACCAAAAAAUGCGAGUGCUCAAAACUGUGGGUGUGCUGAAGGGGUGUGUUGUAGCCAGUAUGGUUAUUGUGGAAACACUGAUGCAUAUUGUGGCACAGGGUGCCAAGAGGGUCCUUGUAAAGCAGGAAAUAUUCCACCUAGUACUCCUAGUCCUAGCAAUGAUGUUAAUGUUGCUGACAUUGUCACACCAGAGUUUUUCAACAGUAUUAUUGAUCAAGCUGCCUCUAGUUGUGCAGGAAAGAGCUUCUACUCAAGAGCUGCUUUUCUUGAUGCACUCAAUUCUUAUAACCAGUUUGGUAGGGCUGGUUCCUCCGAUGACUCCAAACGCGAGGUUGCAGCUGCUUUUGCACAUUUCACACACGAAACUGGACAUUUCUGCUAUAUAGAAGAGAUCGACGGUGCAUCAAAGGACUACUGUGAUGAAACCAACACAGAGUACCCAUGCGUCCCUAACAAAGGAUACUACGGUCGCGGACCGAUUCAAUUAUCUUGGAACUUCAACUACGGACCAGCAGGAAAGGACAAUGGCUUUGACGGAUUGAACUCUCCUGAAACAGUGGCUAAUGAUCCUCUAGUGUCCUUCAAGACAGCUUUGUGGUAUUGGAUGAAAAAUGUUCACCGUGUUGUUAACCAGGGCUUUGGUGCAACCAUUAGAGCCAUUAAUGGUAAACUUGAAUGUGAUGGUGCAAACCCCAACACAGUUAAGGCUCGUGUUGAUUACUACACUCAAUAUUGUAGUAAAUUGGGUGUUGCUCCCGGCGAUAAUCUUACUUGCUAAGAUACCUAGCAAUACAACACAUACAGAUUAUAUAGUACAGUAUUUGAUUUGAUUUACACAGUAUGAAUAAAUUAUACCAUCUAUACACACAAUUCAAUUUCUCCUUUUACGAUAUAUUAAAGUGAUAUCAUAUUUUAAUUUGAUUAUUGUUAUUGCUUUUCAGAAUAUACUUGUGAGUUCAAUUUACUUUUAAACAAAAGAGGAAAAUAUCAAGUAUAAUUUGGAUGACAACUCUACAAUCUUAACUAAAAAACGAAAAAAACCUAGCUAAUACCAAACAACGGUGUUUCACAAAAAUAACAGAGUUCAAGCAUGGUGUGUGAAGAAACAGAAAACAUAAUCAAAAUACCAUACUUUUGGCCUUCGUUGAUCAAGUUCCAUCUCAAUCGUCUCGAAUAGGAUUCCAGUGUCUUUGCCAAAAGUGCUUCUUCUACCAGGAGGAGUCUGUUGUUUCUGCUCAGAGCAAACAACUAAACACUGAAUGUCUAGCAUGACAUAUAUCGUUUAAUUCAUCGGCAGAACUGACUCCACUUAACUUCUCAUUAUCACAAUGUAGAAAGAAGGAAGAGUAAUGACAUGACAUAAUCCAAGAAUAAAAGCUAGGUUGACUCUGCAAUGCUACAAGUUGUUGGCACAAUCUGCACCAUAAUUUAAUAAGUAUAUUGACAUUAUUUUGACAGCAUUGAUUGUUCCAACAACUAGAAGCUUGUUUUCUACUUGUGAAAUUGCGGAAUGAUAUGACUUUGACAUCUGGUAGCAAGAUAUGAAAAGCAAAAAACAUACUAGGAAAAUUACCUCCAAAAUUUUCAUCUCAUGCCUUAAUUAGGCAACCAUUUCUCAAUUGAUACAUACCUUUGACUUUGAGAUCCCAUACAUAUAUGUUAG